AUGAGGCUUUCUUUGGUUCUUCCCGAUGGGCGUCUUGUAUCGUUUGAUACUCCCAGUGAAACACUUAUGAGUAGUCUCCGACUGAUGGUUUCUAUUGAAGCGGGAGUGCCAGAGUCGAAAAUAGUGCUGUUGAAGAAUGAUCAACGUCUGGCCAUUGAAUCAAGCAACACAGUUAAUGAUUGUAACCUCCAUGAUAAUGACCUCCUCUCUGUACAGUUCGGCGAAUCAGUGUCAUCCGUCAAUAACCCCUUACCAGGCUCUGCAGUCGCCUUUCCCGGUUCUUCAACAUCACCCAACCCCUUGGCUAGUGUCUCCGCUGUGGAAACCGUUCGACAGUCUUUCUUACGUCUUCCAGACCAACAGUUGGCUAGGAUUUGUGAACAGGAUCCUCGAUUCUAUGAGGCCUUGCAGGACUCAGAUGCAUUUUGGCGUUAUUCUCAAACAAUUAGGCCUCCGGGAACUGAUUUUGAUUUGACAGCUGCUGAUCCGUUGGAUCCCGAGGUACAGCGGCAAAUCGAGAGACUUAUCAGACAGCAGAACAUCGAUCGCGAAAUGGAGUCAGCAAUGGAGCACUACCCAGAGACUUUUGGUGCCGUCACGAUGCUCUAUGUGGCCUGUGAAGUGAACGGUUUCCCUAUGAAGGCUUUUGUCGAUUCUGGCGCUCAAACAACUCUCAUGAGCCUCUCCUGUGCUCGCAGUUGCAACCUCGAGCACCUGAUCGAUAAGCGCUUCCAGGGUAUGGCCUAUGGUGUUGGCACCCAAAAAAUUAUCGGCCGAAUUCACCAGGCACAACUCAAACUCGGUGGUACAGCGGUUCCUACAUCAUUCAUUGUGCUGGAGGAGCAGCAAAUGGACAUUAUGAUAGGGCUGGACAUGCUGAAGCGGCACAGAUGCUGUAUUAAUCUCGCCGAGAAUGUCCUUACUGUGGGCGAUCACACUAAUGUGCCCUUUCUUCCCGAAUCCGAGCUGCCGGCCUUUGCUAAACCCUCCAACUUCGGCCUUGUCUCUCAAGUAACCUCCAGCUCUGAUGAGGCCUUCACAGAAGAGCAACUCUCGAAGGUGCGUCUAUUGACGAGUCAGAACGUGCCACGAGAACGCGCAAUUGCCCUCCUCCAGGCAACCGACUGGGAUCCUGACAUGGCUCUGGUGCAGUACAUGAGCAGUCUCCCCUAG